CAAGAUAUAAAGAUGGCGAUUACGUCACUCUCUGAACAGCAGCUGAAAGUUUCGCAUACGGUUUAACUGAUUAUUAUUUGCGUUAACUGACGCAUUACCUACCUAACCUAACUUAACCUGUCCAUAGCUCACUGCAGCACACUGCGGGUUCGUCUUAUUCAGGGAGGGUUUGUGUUUUCACCACAUGACGACACCCAAAAGCGGAUGUCAACAAAGUCGCAGGUUAGCGAUGCUUUACCAAGCUAAUGCUAAUACACAGUUAGCGCUUUGUUUUGGAAGAGUUUCGCAUCUAAAUGUUGUUUUUUCACUAUAAUUGAUCUCACUCUGGGACUUGUGUAGACUGACCGGUUGAAUCUCAAAUCUUUGGGCUCAUUUCACCCCUCCUGUCGGGUUUGUCUGUGGACGUGUGUUGUCCCCCUUUUCUGCCGCGAGAUGGGCAGUCAUUUCCGCAGUUACGUGUGGGAUCCGGUCCUCAUCAUCUCUCAGAUUAUUUUAAUGCAGUGCAUCUACUACAGCUUCUUGGGUCUGUGGUUGGCUGGUGUGGAUGGUUUGGUACAGACCAAUAGAUCACUUGACCAGAUAUUCAGUUAUGAGGUUCUUAGCUUUUCAACAACGCAAGGUCGCCUCUCGAUGAUGGCAUUCAUUCUGAACUCUCUCACAUGUGCCCUCGGCCUGUGGUUUUUCAUCCGACGUGGAAAGCAGUGUUUGGACUUCACCGUUACAGUGCAUUUCUUCCACAUGAUUGGCUGCUGGAUCUAUAAUGCCCACUUCCCAGCCGCCCUGUCAUGGUGGCUGGUCAACGUGGCCUGUAUGGCCCUCAUGGCAGUCAUUGGCGAGUACUUGUGUAUGCGGACAGAACUCAGAGCCAUUCCUGUGAACACAGGGCCCAAAUCAAACCUAUGAGAACUAGAGACUGGCACCUGUGGAUCAGCUGCUGUGUGUGUGUGUGAUGUUGGUGCCGCGGGCAGGACUGGUGUGUUUGACUAAUGCUGCUGUGGUUUUUCCAGUGUUUGACGAUGGGAGGAUAAUUGGCUCUGAGGAUGGACAGAAAUGACUUGGUUUCCCAGUGAUGUAUCAGUCUUGUCACUGUAUCUAAUCAGACUUUUAAACUAAUGGCAGACAUUUAAACAUGGCGUCAAAUGGUUGUCAAGGUUUUGAGUUUUUAAGCCAUAGCACAUGAUAGUGGUGGCUUCAUGGGACUUUCUUCAGUCAGCAUCAUUUCAAAACUCUUAUUUAGGACCAACUGAAAAUAUGGUGGAUUUCAACAGUACAGAAAACACCAAAUGUCAUGUGUAUCUUAAAAAUAAACUACAAUGUAAAACACAAUUCAUUGAUAAUGGUUACAGUUUGUCAGUGUGUCACCUCUUUGGUAGCAAUAAAGGGUUUUUCCUCAUAUAACCACCGUUUUCCCAGUUACCAGUCAUUGAGUCAUUGAGAAGUUUUUGAAAUUAAUUCAAUCUUAAAAUCAUGGCAAUUUCUUUAUAAAAUGUUUGGUUUUUUUUCAAAUCCAUAUCAAAUACAACGGCUAGCAAAAUCAUGGAAAUGUAUUGGUUAAAAUGUGUGACCUUAAAGGUCAGUUUUUCAAACCAGUUUUAUUUCAUUUUUAGGAAUCCAACAGUCAUGGAAAACCUGGAAAUAUCAGGAAAUUUGAAAACUGUAAUUUACAGGCCUGGAAAUUUCAAUCGUGAAUACUGAUUUUUCAUAGUUGCUCAUCUUUUGAAGUAUUUCAUGGGCUAUAAAUUGCUCUUUGUAAGUGCAAUCUGUAUAAAAUUAUAUUUUAAAAAUACUUAUCGUUAAUCAUGGAAAUUCAUUGUUAUAAAGGUGUGGGAACCCUGCAUUUUACGUUUAUUUUUCAAGCCGCUUGACUGUCGGGUAAAAGCAGUAUUUAUUUUAAUUAGAAUCAGCAUAAGAUUAUUUUCAAAUAAUUCAUGCAAUGUUAUAUGAGUCAGAAAACUCUUGGGUUUUCAGAUUUUGUGAAGUUAAGAGAUAAAUUUAGAGUAAUUGGCUUAUAUGCAAUAUAUGUGUACUUGUAUAAUCUGUUUUUUGUUUAUGAGAAGUAUGAGCUUUGGUUGCUUGGUAAGUGAUACAAUAUUUCCUGCGUUAACAUUGCAACAUCCUGUCUCAAACUAUUUUAGCCCAAAUUUAGCUGAAUAAGGCUACUGAAUAACAUCAUGUCAACGAUAUGUAUUGCUCUAGUCUCAAGCAGUUUUCAUAGAAGAUAAUAAAAUUGCAUAAUAUAACUGCAAAAGGUGUUGGCACAUUCAUAGACCCAUUAUUGAGACAUUGUAAUAUGUUAUGAAAGCCUGUUACUGAUAGUUUUUAGCUGCGAGUACGCUGUAAAACAAAAUUGUUACAUUUACGACAAAAUACUGGUGCCAGAAAUUUACCCAAAAAAUACAGCAACCAUGUUUCAGGCGUUACGGGAUGUCAUUUUGAUGCCUAUAUAUUUUAUGGCUCACUACCAUGAUAUAAACUUGUUUCUGGAAUU